GACACUAUAUAAACCAGCCCUUCCGUCUAACUACGAUACGUGCACACACUCUGUUUUUACUUGCUCUGAGUGUCAUUCGAGUGUUAUUACCUUCCAAAUCGAAAGUAAGAGCAGACGCAAUCUCAGUACUUGAAACCCAAGAGACAUGAGGAAGUUGGUGGUGAAAUUGGAUCUACAUGAUGACAGAGACAGGAGCAAGGCCAUGCGAGUAGUUUCUGGUUUUGGAGGGAUUGGGUCUCUGAAUAUGGACACGAAGGACAACAAACUAACUGUAUCCGGCGAAUUCGACCCGGUCAAGGUGGUGAACAAACUGAGGAAAUCUUGGCACACAGAUAUUGUGAGUGUCGGACCGGCCAAGGAAGAAGGCGGCAAGAAAGACGAAGGCAAGAAAGAUGAGGGCAAGAAAGACGAAGAUCAAGUCGCCAAUCUCGUAAAAGCCUAUCAAGCAUACUAUUCUAGGCCACUUACACAUCACUACGUGCCUUACGAAGAAACCCCAAAUUGUGUCAUAUGUUAAAAUUCUUUGUGCUGCCAGACCAAAUCAGGGCUUGGUUUGUGCACUGCAGAGGAUUGUUGAUUAUGCCUUAUGAACACAAGAACAAGUGGAGUACCCUUUUUCGCAUAUUAGCUUUUUAGUGUCUUUCGGUUUUUGUAUGUGGAUAGGGUCCAAUUGUAGAAAGAUUGGUUUUCAGUUGAGGAACUCCAGGUAUGGAAGAGCCAUGAUGUACUCCAUUUCAGAUCAAGGAUUGUUGCCAGUGAUUGGAAUAUGCAAUGGGUGUCCUAAAUUUUUUUGCUUGAUAUAUUGAACAACCAGUAUGUCUGUAGGCCAUAGCAGAAGUCGCGGUUAGCUGAUGAACGUACCUGGAAUUCCUUUAGAGGCUUCUUGUCAUAAUUUAGCCUCACAAUCUUGUGGAGGGUAUUUUGUUGAAUAAUAAGAUUCUCAAAAAAGAGUCAGUUCACAUACUAAAA